CUCCCCUCAGCACCCCAACCACAGGUUCACCGGAUGCGGCUGAUGUUCCUCCCGAAGGCUUCAGCAAGGACCAGCUGAAGGCCAGACUUACAGAUGUCGUCACCACGAUAAAGAGUGGGAAGAAGAUGCUCCGAAGGAAGGUGCUCCGAGAGCUUUCCAACCUCCUGCAGAAGAUCCAGGAAUAUCCAUCGGUAGUGCUUCCUGCAUCCUCCCUUGGCCAACUGGUGGCGAUUUCCUGUCUGUGUGCACUGGAUCCAGACCUGGAGUGCAGGCAGCGGGCAGCAGAGGCCCUCUGCCAUCUUCUGCCCAUCCUGUGGCGCAACGAAGAGACGCUGGCACGAACGUCAAGGAACCAAACACUCAUCAUCAGAGCUCAGAAGGUCCUCAAUUCCACCGGAGAACCGGUUCCUGAAUUGUUCAUCAAUGACUGCUACUCUCUUGCCAGGGUCUUUGGCACCUUUCUCCCUGCGGAGCAGCUCUUGGAGGCCAUGUGCUUCCUGGCCAGCAACCUGGUUCUUGAGAGCAGCUUCGACCCCUUGGACAUCUCCCACCUGCUGCAAGAGUUCAUCAAGCAGUUUAGCGGCAAAGCGGUAGAGGUGGAAGUGCUGCUGGAGGCCUUCUACAAAAUCACCCAGGGGCCUACAGUGGAGGGCAGAAACAUGGCCGUCUUCACUUUCUCCAUCUUGUCACACCACCACCUGGUGAAAGUGGUUGAAUACCUCCUCCAGUUUCCCUUCGGAGACUGUGAGAGAGUAUGGAAGGAGGUUUCGGCAUCGGCCAACCAAGAACAAUUGCUCCAUCUCAUGGCCGAACAGCUUUACCAAAGCCCCUUGGCAGAAUCAGCCACCCAAGUGGGUAAUAUUGAGGGGUUUCUGUAUUCUGCAGAAAAACAGGGAAAGUGA